UUUUUCAUUGUGUUUUUUCGUAACAGCCGAACAUAAGAAAUAUUUAAGGUUGUAGCCGAUAUACUAAUUAGGUGGAAUCAGUACAAAAUAUGUGGCCUCAAAAUAUGGUGUGGGGAAUUUUUUUAUGGGCAGCACUAGUUGGAAAGGGUUUCAUGAUGAAUCUUGCUGUGAAUGAAACAGCAAUUACGCACAUGUCGCUCCAGGCUGAAAAUGUGAAAUUUGAAAAUAGUUAUUAUGGAUAUCAUCUAGAUUUAUUCACAGACAAGAAUAAUAGAACAAGGUUGACAAUUGGAGCACCCAAAAUGAUUGAUCCUGAAUCAAUGGUAUUACAUAAAAGAAAUAUAACAUCUGACCAUGAGCCAAGAGGAGGCAUCAUGUCAUGUGAAUUCGAUUCAACAAUAGGUCAUGGUAUUGCACACAACUGUAACUUAACGGAUUCGACCAAGUUACUUCCGGGAGAUAAUUUUGGAAUGUUCGGUGCAUCGAAAUCUGGCGGUAACUCGAUGGCAUGUUCAUUAACUCGGAAACAAGAUUGCGGUAACGCGUCAUAUACUCCUGGAAUUUGUUUCGAUUCAUCCGACUUCGGUUCGAUCUGGCAAAAAGAUGACCGAACAAUAUCGUUAGGCUGCCCUGGAACAAAUGUUGAAGUUCUUUUUGUACUGGACGGAUCGGGGUCAGUUGGGAAUGAAAGUUUUGAUAUAGUCAAACAAUGGGUGAAAAACAUAACACAGAAGUUGGACAUUAACACAGGAAAAGUUACUGUAGGCGUUGUUCAAUAUUCACAUUAUUUUGAUACGCAAAACAUCAAUGAGCAAGAGUUUAUAAAAACAUAUAUUAAAAUUGGACAGUACAAGACCUAUGAAAAAUUUGCCGUUGAAAUCGAUAAGAUCAAGUUAAAUGGAUAUACAACGUACACCGGAAGAGCUCUACAAAAAGUCGUCUACGAUUUUCAGAAUUCUUUUCAUUACAAUGAGUCCACCACAAAGCAAAUCAUGAUUUUACUCACUGAUGGGCAAGCAUCAGACGCAGAAAACGUGACAGAAAAUGCACAGAAUUUGCGCGAUCUCGGAGUUUUACCAUAUGCUGUUGGAGUCGGAAACACAGUAAACAUAACUGAACUAAAUUUAAUUGCAACAGGUGACCCCCAGGGUAACAAUACUCGGGUGCUGAUGACGAACACAUUUUCUGGACUUGAUGUAGUGGCCAAAGAAUUGGAAUCGACCAUCACCGCUGUUGCUUUGGAAGGAUCCAACACCAGACAAAACACCACCGUUAGUACGAUGGAAUUUGGAGCGAUGGGAAUAUCUAUUGCAUAUAGCAUAUUCCCUAGAGUGAGGAAAAAUCAGACGGUAAGUAAACAUUCAGAUAAAUCAAGUUUAUUGGCUGACUGGUUGUCAAUUGUAAGAAACGAUUCGACCUCACAAUUCUUUACUUCACAAACCCACAUUCUGAUUGAAAAGCGCAUUCAAAACCGGAUGGAGUGUUUCUUCAAAGAUUCCCAAGCGAAGACCUUAAAAAUAGCCUGUACUAUUGACAGAAUUAACAAUUUUAUAACCGUUUGCAACAUUAUCGAGGUACGUUGUGGUAGCAAUAAUCGAAUAAGAAUGUUGUAACAACAAUCUGUUUUAUAUAUAUACUUGUCAUGUUUUAUAUUAAAAAGUGAGUCAUGGGAUGAGCACGAUUGAUUUAAUUUUGGCAAUGUGAUUGAGUGUUUGUGUUUGAGUGCGGAAAGAUUGUGUUGUGCCGAGCGGUUGCAAGCAGCCUUAGCAUUCAUGUAUUUUUCGCGCGCGGUCAACGUUGGCAGUCAUGAAGAAUUCCAGAUUGAAGAAAGUGAAGAGUAUUCGACAUAACACCUUGGAAGAUUUAAUGAGACUUGGUAUGCUUUCAUCCUUAUUAACUAUUUAGUAUAAGCCCGGUAUAAAUUUUAACUUAUUUUUUAGGCGUCAGCCGAUAUGGCAGUGGCCAU